UCCUGUGAUGUAAGGUCGUACAUCCCGCACUUGUCAGUGUGCCAGCGGGUCAGUGCAUUUCCUAGCCGCCGUCAGACUGACCGGAAUAGCGCACAGAGACUUAUCUUUCUAUUUGUGAUACGGACUCGUUUAUGGAUAAACAGCACGGAAGUGCGUGAUUCGGCGAAAGGACGCGCUCCGGCUCAUUUUCAAGGUACGGCAGACGGCAUGUUGGCUCCUGUAGUGAAGCAAUCACUGCCUCCCGUGAAACCGGUUCCUCGUCCUUGCCUGGCUCAAUAACAGCUGAAUAACAUGACACAAAGUCGUUGAAUGUACAUUUAAGAGCGGUAAGUUGCGUCCACGGUAGUUUUGUUGUGUACUGACGUCAUAACUCCAGGUGUACGACUCCAGGCUGCUCACUCAUCAGCUGAACAACAUGACACAGUGUGAUAUAGUUGUUAAAUUAUAGUGGCUCAGGUUCGUUUAGUUUUGACAUGACGUCAUGGCCCUUGGUGAAUGACCUCACAGAGGUUAGUUCCGGUCGGGACAGCUGCUGGCUCCAGGAGGAAUGAGAUAUGAGCAGUCUUACUAAGAAGACACGCUUUAUUAACAGUCCUGGCAAUAAGCUAUCUUUUGGCAAUAGAGACUGGAACGAUGCCUUCAUCAGCCUCUACGACGAGUCCAUUCGGAGAGGGAUGUACGCAGUGCGGUCAGACGCGGACAGACACCCUUCACCACGUGACAGAAUGACACUGAGGCUCGGGAACCAUGAGGAUCCUGCCUCGGACGUCCUCCCUAGGGGUCGUCUGGACCCACGCAGACCUCCAGUCUCCAGCUACCUCCAUGCCAGCAAUACAGCUUACUGCACAGACCCUGCCUCAGACAGCCACGGGACGGAGCGUCUGCUCGGCAUUCGGAGAGCCACCUGGUCCAGCGCGUCCAGACACCGACUCCAGGUGAUCACCGAGCUGGGGCCCGAGGAGGUCCGGUGGUUUUACAAAGAGGACAAGAAGACAUGGAAGCCCUUCAUGGGACACGACUCUCUCAGGAUAGAGAUCAUGUAUCGCAGAUUCUGCCAGUUAAACCCGGAAAGGGCUUUGAGGCGUGGUGGAGAGGAGACUCCUGAAGACGGUGGGCCUGAUGGAGGUCAGUCAUCACUGAAUACCAGCAGAGAGAGCGCUGUAGAAGCAGUGUGUGUCAGAGGAGGACUCUAUGAGGUGGAUGUGGUCAAUAAAGAGUGCUAUCCAGUCUACUGGAAUCAACAGGAUCGUAUCCCUGUCAUGAGAGGCCAGUGGUUCAUUGAUGGCACAUGGACGCCUGUCGAGGAGGAUGAGAGUGACCUCAUAGAGGAAGAACACCUGGCGUGUUUCAGAGGACAACAGAUACAGGACGCUUUUGAGACGGACGCGCUGAGCAAGACUGUGGACAGAAAAGAUGUUCUUUCCCAUUUCCCCCCAUUCUACCUCGCCUUUCUAUUCAAAUGGAGCGGAUAUCAGACGAGUGCUAAAAGUCACAAGCGAAAGCGAUGCCAAGCCCUUCACAGUCUGCAGUUGAGCCGCAGUCAUGUGGACUGGUACAGCGUGGACGAGGUGUAUCUGUACAGUGAUGCCACCACGUCUAAGAUCGCACGCACCGUCACGCAGAAGCUGGGCUUCUCUAAAGCCUCCAGCAGUGGCACCAGACUGCACCGCGGCUUCGUGGAAGAGGCCUCGCUGGACGAUAAACCCCCUCAGACCACACACAUUGUGUUUGUGGUGCAUGGCAUUGGACAGAAGAUGGACAAGGAUCGUAUCAUCAAAAACACUGGCAUGCUGCGUGAAGCUGUGAGGAAGAUGGAGGAGAAGCACUUCGCUGAUCAAACAGAGGAACACGUGGAGUUCCUGCCGGUCGAGUGGCGCUCUAAACUGGCUUUAGACGGCGACACAGUGGAGUCAAUCACACCAGACAAAGUGAGAGGCCUGAGAGACUUACUCAACAGCAGCGCCAUGGACAUCAUGUACUACACCAGCCCUCUCUACAGAGACGAGAUCACUAAAGGUUUGACGCAGGAGCUCAACCGUCUCUAUUCUCUCUUCUGCUCACGAAACCCUGAGUUUGAGAGCAGAGGAGGCAAAGUGUCCAUCAUCUCUCACUCGCUGGGCUGCGUCAUCACCUUUGAUAUCAUGACCGGCUGGGACCCUGUGCACUUCUGUCUGCAAGAACAUCAGGAUCAGCUGGAGGGAGAAGAUCUACACUGGACCACUCAUGAAGAGCGCCACCUGCUGGAGGACGUGACACUAACCAGACGAAGGUUACGAGAACUGCAAGAUCAGCUUCAGGGCCUGAAGGCAUCUAAACCUGCCCCCUUCCCUACAUUAAAGUUUAAGGUGGAGAACUUCUUCUGCAUGGGGUCUCCUCUGGCUGUGUUUCUGGCUUUGAGAGGCAUCCGUCCCGGAGACACCGGUGACCAGGACCACAUCAUGCCCAAAUCCAUCUGCCGGCGCCUCUUCAACAUCUUCCACCCAACAGAUCCUGUGGCCUAUCGACUGGAGCCACUAGUUUUAAAGCACUACAGCAACAUCGCACCUGUGCAGAUACACUGGUGUAACACCGUCAGCCCCACCCCGUACGAUGAGGUCAGACCCACGUAUCUGAACACGAGUAAGAGCACGGCGUCCGACACGGAGAGUCCCAGUCCCAGCAGCUCCCCUGUCCUGAGCAGGACACACUACGGAGAGUCCUUCACCAGCCUGGGCAAGGCCAGCAUACUGGGCGCUGCGAAUAUCGGCAAGGGCAUCGGUGGGAUGUUAUUCUCUCACUUCUCUCGAUCACCCAGCCUGCCGUCAGCCGUGGAUUCUGGGAUUGGUGACAGUGAGGACGGCCAAAGCACUUUUACAUUUUCAGCCAUAUCUCCAUCCUCUUCGUCCUCUUUAUUCGAUGCAGCGGUUGAGAUGGAGCACCGCAUUGACUACGAGCUUCGGGAGGGUCUGGUGGAGAGCCGCUAUUGGUCGGCUGUGACCUCACACACGGCCUACUGGACGUCCCAUGAUGUCGCCCUGUUCCUCCUGACCUUCAUAUACAAGCCACAGAGCACAGACCAGACAGAAAACCCCAGUCCCGUGUAGCACAGGCAGCACUUUCCUCCAUAAAGACUCCUGUCCUCCUGUCCGCUCUGGGUCUCUAGGACACUUGGACGAACACUCGGUGCCUCUGAGUUUCCUAAGCCUUCCCAAGCGGACAGAGACUAUGCAAACCCUGCAGCUCCCAGCCUCAUUAUUGAGAAAAACUCAUCUUUUUUAUAUAGUAAGUCCAAAGAAUGCACCCGAUCCCUAGGAGGAGUAUGCAGCAGAUGUCAAACAGAGUUCAUUAUUCAGUCAGCAGCACAUAAUCAGGGAAGCUUGUUUCCACCAUGGAAUAAAACAUGAGAUAGUUCUGGCUUUUUAUCUCACAGUUGGGAGUUUACUGUACACAGUAUAUCACUAAUGCAAGUUAGACAUUUUUACAAGAGUUGUGAGAUGUUUAUCAUAAUUGCAAUAAAGUCACAAUUAUCUUUUUUAUUUUUAUUCUGUGGUUAAAACAAGCUUUCAUACACAAUAAAUCCCUAAUAACGGCUGGCACUUAUUUAAAUAUGUGCACGAGAGAUUUAUUUUUAGAUAUUUGACUUGAGGGAACAGUGUCUGUUCAAUGCAAUAAGAAGCACAGCGAAUAUAUUGUUCCAAACAAGGGUUAUGCAGAAGGGUACUCGCGGUUUCUUAAUCAUGCCCUCAUAACUACAUUGUGACGUGGUCUGACCAUGUUUAUUCGUGUUACUGAUGCAGCGCACAUGAUUAUGAAAGAUAAUUCAGCUUGAGUUUAUAGCCAAAUCCUUCCCAGAGUUUGUGAGCGGGUGAGAAUAUCAUGAAACCGGAUCAGACCGUGUCAAAGUCACAUUUCACCACCCUAAAUGUUGUUAUUUUACAUUAUUUUCAUGAUUGCCUACCAGACACAUUAAAAAUGCUUACUUUUCAUGAAAAUAAUCUCCCAGUGCAAUAAAUAAACAAAGUAAGUAAAUUGAUGUAAAUGAGAAUUUUAGUCUUAAGUGACUUUCCUGGAAACAUAAAAUAAAAAAAGAAUAGUCUUUGAGCAGAGGUUUGUUUGUUAGUUUUGGUUUUGUGCUGAAAUGUGACCUGGACAUGUUCCUGACAGAUUCCUGUAAGAUUCACUUCACUACAGUUGUAGCAUUUAUAUGUGCCAGGGAUAUCAACACUAUUAAACGUAGAGGUUAGCUGAUGGAAAUGAUGAUAAUUAGACUAGAAUCCAGAUGUGUGUGUGUGGGUUCAGAUGUGACGGGGCUCAAGACUGUUGUUUUGUGUAUCUGCCACUACUUCUUGACAUGCGACGCUGUUGAUUGAAGAUUUAUAUGUCCUUGUACUGUAGGUCACGUUUAGUGUAAAGCUUUAGCAACACUAAUGUUUUCCUGUUACACUGGAUCUCUGUUAGCUCUUGUGUUAAUGUCAUUAAACUGUCUACAACAUUGAUUCUC